AUGGCUGACGUCGAGGCCAUGUUCCACCAAAAGUGUGCAACAGAUUUUGCAGAGGAGUUUGGUCAGGAGACAGCAAAAACGGUCAAGACCAAUUUUUACGUGGACGACUGUCUCAACACUCUGGACUGGGCCGAGGGCCUGGAGAACCAGGAUGUCAGUGUGCUGGUUGUUCUCUCCUUCAGGGAGCUGAACCUGAUCAGAGAGCGGCCGUACAGUCUUCUCACGCUGCUCCAUGUUUUCCAUCCGGCGCUCCAGAAGGUAACGUCAGAGGAGCUGGCUGUCUGCAAGCUGCUGUUCAUCUUUGACGGUCUGGAUGAAAGCAGACUUUCUCUGGACUUCAGCAGCAAACAGCGGCUGGUUGACGUCUCCCAGCAGUCUUCAGUCAGCCUGCUGCUCACUAACCUCAUUCGGGGGGAUCUGCUGCCCUCGGCUCGGGUCUGGAUCACUUCCAGACCUGCAGCGGCCAAUCAGAUCCCUCCAUCAUGUGUGGACAGACUGACAGAAGUGCGAGGCUUCACUGACGCCCAGAAGGAGGAGUACUUCAGGAGGAGGCUGAGUGAUGAGGAGCUGAGCAGCCGAAUCAUCUCCCACAUCCAGACCUCCAGGAGCCUCCACAUCAUGUGUGGAACCCCAGUCUUCUGCUGGAUCACUGCUACAGUUCUGGAGCACAUGUUGAGCAGCGAGCAGAGAGGAGAGCUGCCCCAGACCCUGACUGACAUGUACUCCCACUUUGUGCUGGUUCAGACACACAGGAAGAAGCUCAAGUACCAUGAAGGACCUGAGACGGGUCCACAGGAGCUGACGGAGGCUGACAGGGAGCUUCUUCUGAAGCUGGGCAGGAUGGCCUUGGAACAUCUGGAGAAAGGAAACAUCCUGUUCUACCAAGAAGACCUGGAGCAGUGUGGUCUGGAUGUGACUGAGGCCUCGCUGUUCUCUGGAGUUUGUACUCAGAUCUUCAAAAGAGAGUCUGUGAUCUUCCAGAAAGCCGUCUACAGCUUCGUCCAUCUGAGUGUUCAGGAGUUUCUGGCUGCAGUCUUCAUGUUCCACUGUUUCACCAACAGGAAGACAGACGAACUGAAGACCUUCCUUAGAGAGAAAAACACUAAGGAUGGUGGUGAUGAUGAUGAAGAAGAAGAUGAUGAUGCUCUCUCAUCUCUGGAUGAGUUCCUGAAGAAAGUCCUGCAGAAAUCCCUCAGAAGUCAGAACGGCCACCUGGACCUGUUUGUCCGCUUCCUUCAUGGCCUCUCUCUGAAAUCCAACCAGAGACUCUUAGAAGGUCUGCUGGGUCGGACAGAGAUCAGUCCAGAAACCAUCCAGAGAGUCAUCCAGAACCUGAAGGAGAUCAACAGUGAUGAAAUGUCUCCUGACAGAAGCAUCAACAUCUUCCACUGUCUGAUGGAGAUGAAGGACCUCUCAGUACAUCAGGACAUCCAGAAGUUCCUGAAGUCAGAGAACAGAUCAGAGAAACUCUCUGAGAUCCACUGCUCAGCUCUGGCCUACAUGCUGCAGAUGUCAGACCAGGUCCUGGAGGAGUUGAACCUGAAGAAGUACAAGACAUCAGAGGAGGGACGACGGAGGCUGAUCCCAGCUGUGAGGAACUGCAGGAAGGCUGAUCUUUCUGAGUGUGGACUCUGUGAUUCUCACUGUGAAGUGAUCUCCUCAGCUCUGAAGUCUGACCCCUCCCAUCUGAAACAGCUGGACCUGAGUGUAAACAAGUUGCAGGAUUCAUCAGUGAAGAUUCUGUGUUCUGGACUGGAGAGUCCAAACUGUAACCUGGAGACUCUGUGGUUGUGGAGCUGCAGUUUGUCAGAGAUCAGCUGUUCUUCUCUGGCCUCAGCUCUGAAGUCCAACCCCUCCCUCCUGAAACAUCUGAAAUAUCUGGACCUGAGUUGGAACAAACUGCAGGAUUCAGGAGUUGAGCAGCUGUGUGGUUUUCUGGAGAGUCCACUCUGCAGUCUGGAGACUCUGUGGUUGAGGAGCUGCAGUUUGUCAGAGAUCAGCUGUUCUUCUCUGGUCUCAGCGCUGAAGUCCAACCCCUCCCCCCUGAAACAUCUGAAACUUCUGGACCUGAGUCGGAACCAUCUGCAGGAUUCAGGAGUUGAGCAGCUGUGUGGUUUUCUGGAGAGUCCACUCUGCAGUCUGGAGGAUCUGAGGUUGAUGAACUGCAGUUUGUCAAAGAUCAGCUGUUCUUCUCUGGCCUCAGCUCUGAAGUCCAGCCCCUCCCUCCUGAGGUUGCUCGACCUACAGGACAACAAUCUGCAGGAUCCAGAUGUGCAGCAGCUGGUUGAUCUCCAGCAGAGUCCAGACUGCAGCCUGCAGACUCUGAGGUGGAACUGAGAGCAGAGAGGAAGCUGUGUGUCCUGAAGAUCUACUGAGGAGAGCAGAGCUUCAUCCAGACUGAGUGACAGAGGAACCACCAGAAGAUCUGCUGAGUGUCAGUGGAGCAAUGUGAAGAGCUGAGAGAGUCCAGCAUCGAACCAGGGUUCCUCUGGAUGUGACGCAGAACCAUCAGUGUGUGGACUGAACCUUCAGAGGACAAUGAGACUCUGUAACCUUCAGAGAGUGAACUGGUCUGUGUGGAGUUUCUCAGCUUCUGUAAAGUGGACCAGGAGCUGCUCAACACUCCAUCAAGCUGUUCACCACCUUCACCUCCAUCAGCUGAGGAUUUGUCCACAGCACAGAGAGUGAGCUGCAUAAACAGAGACACUUCCUGUUCCGGUCGGCUCUGAUUGUGUCUUGAAAGUGAAAUGAAUCCUCUGCUCCCCCAAUCCUGUCAGGACUCUGUCAACAUGGACGGCAUCAAAUCCUUCCAGCUGAAAGUCCACAUCUUUAGUGAGCCUCUUAAAGCAACAGAUACUGGCUCGUUGAGCAUCUAACAUGAACUUCAUUCAUGUCAACUUUUUACCUUUACAUCAAUAUAUAUGUACAUUUUUUGUCUUUUGAUGAACUUAAAGGUCCAUGUUGCUCUUUUGUUCUGCAACUUGCAAUCCUAAAGAGUCUUCAGCAAUCCUCAGUCAGCCUCUUAAUCCUGGAACAACAGGAAUCUUCAAACCUGCCCCGACUGAGAGAAUACACACUUGAAGACAACAAAAGACAGAUCGCACAAGAUCUUCCUCUUCUGAUCUUACAGUGUGUGGUGUGUUCCAGAGUGCUGAUGUUAGCAGCUGGGAAAUAACGCUCAGUUCCUGCUACAACAUCUGGGAAUAAAUGGGUGAUUCUGCAGAAUGUUUUGAACAAACCUCUUAGAGGGGCUGAAGAAUAUUGCUGUUUUUCACAAUGAUUCUUUCUUUGUGUUUUUGUCCCGACUUGUUUUGGUUUGGGGUUACCAGAACUUAUGUGGGUCUUCUUGUUUUCUUUUCAUCUGUCUUUAAAUGAGCUAUAUUGUGAUUUUUGGGGACUGUCAAAGACAGCUUCAGGCAGUUAGAGGCUAUUUUCGCAGCUGUGGCACCUUGGAGUGUUUUUGUGUUAUGAAAUAUCAGUAAUUCUGCACAUCAACACAGAGGUCCAAACGACUCGACCUCACUGAACCAGGCCUUGGAAUUCAAUAUGGAGAAGUUCCUGUUUGCAGCCUGCAGGUUGGACUGACUGGUAGAGUCUGUCCAUCUGGGGUCUUUAGUGUCGGAAUCGCACCACUUUUAAGAGUCAAUCUCACAGAAUCCACAUUGAAACUGGUCAUCAUUUGUGAGGCAGUCCAGAGUCAAAUGUUUGUCAAACCAAAAGAAAAAACAGGGUUUCUUGUGGUAUACUCUGCAAUAAAAAAA